AUGGCUGAACGGGAUUAUAUCGGUUUUGCGACGCUCGCGGAGCAGGUGCACCGGAAGUCGGUGAAGCGAGGCUUCGAGUUCACGCUGAUGAUCUGCGGUGAGACCGGGCUGGGCAAGUCGACGCUCAUCAACACGCUCUUCCUGGCCGACCUCUACACGCAGCGUACCGUGCCGCGGGUCGAGGAGCGCAUCGAGAAGACGACCCGCAUCGAGAAAAAGACGCUGGACAUCGAGGAGAAGGGCGUCAAGCUGCGGCUGACGAUCGUCGAUACGCCCGGCUUCGGCGACUCGGUCAACUGCGAGGACAGCUGGCGCGUCUGCACGCAGUACAUCGACGAGCAGUUCCGGCAGUACUUCACCGACGAGAGCGGCCUCAACCGGCGCAACAUCCAGGACAAUCGCGUGCACUGCCUGCUGUACUUCGUGCCACCGUACGGGCACAGCCUGCGCCAGCUGGACAUCGAUCUGAUGCGCCGGCUGCACAAGAAGGUGAACAUUAUCGUCGUGAUCGGCAAGGCGGACACGCUCACGCCGAGUGAGGUGAAAACGCUGAAGGCGCGCAUCCUGGACGACAUCGAAACGCACGGCAUCCAGAUCUACCGGUUUCCGGACUGCGACUCGGACGAGGACGAGGAGUUCAAGCAGCAGGACCGCGAGCUCAAGGCCAGUCUGCCGUUCGCCGUCGUCGGCAGCAACACGGUGAUGGAGGUGGCCGGCCGGAAGAUUCGCGGACGCCAGUACCCGUGGGGCGUGGUGGACGUCGAAAAUCCGGAGCACAGCGACGUGAUGAAGCUGCGGACUAUGCUCAUCUCCACACACAUGCAGGACCUCAAGGAUACGACGCGGGACGUGCACUACGAGAAUUACCGUGCGCAGUGCAUCUCGCAGAUAUCGCAGCACGCCCUACGCGAACGCAACAAGCUGAAGCGAGAAUCGACUGCCUCGAACCACGAUUUCUCCGAUACCGAUCGGCUGCUGCUACAGAAGGACGAAGAGAUACGCCGGAUGCAAGACAUGCUGGCGCAGAUGCAGGAGCAGCUGAAGUCGUCUCAUGUAAGCGAUUCCGUGAUCGACGUCUAGUGUUGGAGAGACUGACGCCUGAAACGUUACCACCAGUUGUCCCGGCCGGGGUUGUCCAAUCCAUGUCUCCUUUAGAUUUCACUUGGCGAUCUAAAGCUAGACGCGCACGAAACAAGUCGCGAACAUCAGGGAUACGGCGUUAUUCAAUCCGGGCACCGGCACGGGUUUUUCUUUACCACUACGAGACGAGAGCACACGACCGAUUUGGCUUCGAAAUGGAAUACAGGUUUAACACGUUAGAUAAAUCUGAAAGUUACUAACGAGAAGAACAAACGUGUGGUGUUUAAUUAAAGGCGCAGCAAGAGCAGGCUUAGAAAGCGUUGGAAGCUAACAGAACAACUUAGAACAUUUUAUACGUACAACCACUCACCCACUCGUACUCUGUAUAACGCAACUACUCGAAUAACACUUAAUAAGAAGCGACCAAAGAAUCCAUUAGAGGCACGUGAACCUAGAACUAUUGCCCUGAAGGCGUUCCCUUCCGGCAAAUGGGAAUUCAGACAAAGGGUAUUCGGCUCACCGGGCAGCUAAAAUAGCGACUGAAUGCUCCAACCUGGUGGAUUAUAGCAAUCACACCCAUGUAAUUCACCAUGUGCACACACGUUAAGCGUAAGCAAUCUCUUAUCACCGUGGAAUCGAUGCCGCAUUCUUCGAUUCGCGCGUGUCCUUGUUUUCCGUUGUCUGCUUUCAGUUUGACGUUUCAUGUAAUUUAACUGCGUAUGUUUUUUGAUGUAUCUAUACACAGCUAGAAUUAAUUAGAUUAUUUAUUCAGGUGGGCGAAAGCGGUCGGGGCCGCUACCGUAGUGCACGUAGCUGUAGUGCGGUGUUGGAUGUUGGGUGGAGUAGCAAAAUGCAUCGCAUGCUCGAUAGACAGGCAUUUUACGACCAGUUGAGUUACCAUCCCACGGAGUCAUGGACUGAAAAGGAGGUUUAAGUUAAAAGAAGACAAAAAGACAGCACGGUAGCUGUGGCGUUUCUGCCGGGACCGAGAAGGUGUUCGGAUGCAGCGAAAGCUGACAGAUUUUAAAAACUAUUCGCAAAACGUGCGAACGUCCACGGAGGGGGUGUUGGUGUAAUCGUUUUUUUGUUUUUUGUUUGUUUUAUACAUAUAUAUUUACUUACCCAGUAUUCAGGUCUCUCGGAUUCGAGCGCAGUACAACUUCGGCUACAUAUGUAGGGACUUCGAGGAAGAAAGAAUGCACCAUAGAUGGUUUUCUCUGCAGGCCACGGGGGGAAAGUCGAAAUUAAACAAAAUCCCAUACCAAAAAAUCGAACACACGAACGUUUUUGCACGGGCCUGUUUUGUACGUAGGGGCAGCUGCGUAGUCUCGGCUAUAAGAGAAAAAAAGGAAAACAAUUAUAAACCAGAAAAAGAAACACGUUCGAAACGUUCUCUAGAGUGUUCAGUGUAGAACCGUACAUUAGAGAUUUUCUUCAGCAUCAAUAAAGACAACCAUAUGGAAAC